AUGGAACUAUGGACUGCGGGAUGCAAUUGCGCGUCCAAGAGGUAGGUAAAACAUUUUUGGCCGCAUCGAGGUGAUUUCCGGUUUUCCAUCGAAACUUGCGAGCAAAUAAAAUUGAAAGCGAAUUACCAAAAAAGACUUGCUCUGUGGAAUUCAGUCAGUGUUUGGAUGUUGACUGGAGUAGUGGUUAUAGAGAAAUCUUAGUGCAAUGGGAAUAAGGUUGGUUAUUCUGGCGGUCAUGGGUCUGGGAGCUAUGUACAUGCUCCAUCUUUUGGCCCAGGAUUAUGAUCGAAUUCGCCGUCCGAUAACUAAAGCCAUCGAACGAGCGCUGCGUGGGAAACGUGAUGUAACUGCAUACGAGUACGAGAGAAAUGAGGUUGUUGACAUCCACGUUAACUGGAAGAGCAUAUUAGAUCGAGAUCCUUUGAGCUGCCUGCAGUCAUUGAUAUGUCAAAUAAUGUCAGGAAGUGCAGUUAAUCAGUUGGACGAUAAGGAAGUAGAAAUAUUUAAACAAUUUAUAAAGUUAACAUAUCGAGAUGCUCCCACAUCUGUCAAAUCAGCAUAUGCAAAGGGUUUAGCGUAUAAAGGCAUUACAGAAGCUUGCUAUGUGGAAUACCCUUUUUGUUUGUAUUCAGCGAAGACGAUGUUGGGAAUCCUGCGAUGGCUUUCAUAAUAAGAUUCAAAUUCAAAAUAUAUUCAUUAAUAAGUGGUAGUACGAUUAUUUAAUAUUUCAAAAUAGCAAUAACAAUAAUGUAACCAUAGUGAUUCUAUAUUAGAAUUUUAUUUUGUAACAUAUUUGUUUAAAUAAUUAAAAGUAAUAUAAGAAAGAGAA